UGCAGGUGGCGCUGUUCGCUGCAACGUCUUCGCGGAGCGCUGUCUAUCAUUCAGUGACGUGGAUUUUCAUUUAUGGCAGUCAGUGCUUCCCAAAACACAGACUUUCCAGCGUCCCUGAGCUUUUCAACUAACUUUCUUCGCAUUUAGAAAUUGUGACCACUCAUUUUUAUUUCAUUCGUUUGUCUCACUUCAACACAGUUUUGUCACCGCUGUCGUAACAGACUCCAGAAUGAGUAAAAACAGCAAAGUGUUGAACCUGAAGGAUAAAAUCAGUGGAAAUGAAGUGGACCUGAGUCUGUGUAACCUCACCGAGGUGCCAGUCAGAGAGCUGGCUUUAUUCACCAAAGCAACUUUCGUGGACUUGUCUUGUAACAACAUUACCUCCCUUCCUCCAGAGUUCUGCAACCUUACCCACCUAGUGAAGGUGGAUCUGAGUAAGAACCAACUGACCUGUCUGCCUGAAGACGUGGGUAACCUGGUCAACCUUCAACAUCUCGACCUGUACAACAACAAACUGACUGUCCUGCCUGUCAGCUUCUCUCAGCUCAAGAGUCUGAAGUGGUUGGAUCUGAAGGAUAACCCGCUGGAGGCUGAACUGGCCAAGGCAGCAGGAGACUGUCUGGAUGAGAAACAGUGCAAACAGUGUGCCUCCAAAGUUCUGCAGCACAUGAAUGGUCUUCAGGAUGAGGUAGAUCGUGCACGAGAGAAACGCCUUUUGAGGGAAAAAGAGCUGGAGAGGAAGAGGGAGAUGAAGCAGAGAGAGCGGGAGGCCAGAGACAAGGAGGCUCGUAAACAGGAGAAGGCGGAGGAGAAGGAGAAGAGGAGGAGAGAGUACAACGCUCAGAUGGCGGCGGCAGCUGCGAGGGAACAACAGAAGAAGAAGAGCGAGGAAAAGAAGAAAAAGAACGGACAGGCAGCAGCAGAUAAAAAGGUGGCUGUGGAAUUGGCGCCUAAACCCCGACGUUCUGUCAUUGGCCUGAUGUUCAAGCUCCUCCUCCUGCUACUACUAGGAUUGGCCGGCGUUGCUGCCACCUGCCGCCUGACCGACCUGCAGAAGGAAACCGCGUGUGUGCCAGUCAACAUCUUUGUGGAUGACAGCCUGUCCUGGGCCAAGGAGCAGGAGGGCGUGGUCAGACAACUUGUGCAAAAUCUGUCUUCGGCAGCAAAGGAGUUUCUUGAAUCCACACAAACGUCUAAGAACUAACUCAGAAUCAACUUCCAGAGCUGUAGGUUUUCCACUCCAACUGGGAUUUUUUUUAUAUAGAUAUAUGCUGAAAUCAAGAAUAUCAUUAAGAUGAGCAGCCCUUUGUCCACUUACCAUGUUUGUGGUGCUGGGAAGUGAAGAGUUUGUACAAAUGGAAAAAGUGGGGUGGACAGAUGUUUUAAAAUCAUCUUAGAUUCCUAUGGAAUUGUUGUUGCUUGUGUACUGUCUUUGUACUACAGCCUGUAAAAAAAUCAUCUUAAAUGUCUCAAUGGACCAUGUUUUGCACAAACUAGGGUUUGUGUUUCAGUGCUUUACAUGGAGCGUGGGGUGUAUUU